CGCUCCUCUCUUCUCCUCCUUUGCCGCCAGCCUCGGCUCCGGCUCCGGCUCCGUAGUUGGGCAGAGCCCGGGGUUUCAGUUGCUCCCGGGAAGCGCGCAGCGCGCAGGGACUGACCAGUUUGGGGCGGAGGGGGUGGGGGGCCGGUGGGCAAUGGAGCAACCCGAGGACAUGACGUCGCUGAGCGAGUUCGACUCCUUGGCGGGCAGCAUCCCGGCCACCAAGGUGGAGAUCACCGUGUCCUGCAGGAACCUUUUGGACAAAGACAUGUUUUCCAAGUCUGACCCACUGUGCGUCAUGUAUACUCAAGGGAUGGAGAACAAGCAGUGGAGGGAGUUCGGACGCACCGAGGUCAUCGACAACACUCUCAACCCCGACUUCGUGCGCAAAUUCAUUGUGGAUUACUUCUUCGAGGAGAAGCAGAACCUCCGUUUCGACCUAUACGACGUUGACUCGAAGAGCCCUGACUUAUCCAAACACGAUUUCCUGGGCCAGGCCUUCUGCACCCUCGGAGAGAUUGUGGGGUCCCCCGGGAGCCGCCUGGAGAAGCCCCUCACGAUAGGAGCGUUCAGCCUGAACUCCAGGACGGGCAAACCCAUGCCGGCUGUGUCCAGCGGAAGUGGUCUUUGGAUGGACAGAACCACAGGCCUGGAAGCCUCUGGCGGUGUCCCAGGGAAGAAAUGCGGCACCAUCAUCCUGUCCGCCGAGGAGCUCAGCAACUGUCGGGAUGUGGCCACAAUGCAGUUCUGUGCCAACAAGCUGGACAAGAAAGAUUUCUUUGGGAAGUCCGACCCGUUCCUGGUGUUCUACAGAAGCAACGAGGAUGGAACGUUCACCAUCUGCCACAAGACCGAGGUCAUGAAGAACACCCUAAACCCAGUGUGGCAAACUUUCUCCAUUCCGGUGAGAGCCCUCUGCAACGGGGACUAUGAUCGGACCAUCAAGGUGGAGGUGUACGACUGGGAUCGAGAUGGCAGCCACGACUUCAUCGGGGAGUUCACCACCAGCUACCGGGAGCUGGCCCGCGGGCAGAGCCAGUUCAACAUCUACGAGGUGGUAAACCCCAAAAAGAAAAUGAAGAAAAAGAAAUAUGUGAAUUCUGGCACCGUCACGCUGCUGUCCUUUGCCGUGGAGUCAGAGUGCACAUUUCUCGACUACAUCAAAGGAGGGACCCAGAUCAACUUCACAGUGGCCAUCGACUUCACGGCCUCCAAUGCCGAGGAGGCUUGGCGUGUGCACGCCGGCACGUGUCCCGCACCCUGUGUCGCAGGAAACCCCUCGCAGUCCACGUCCCUGCACUACAUGAGCCCCUACCAGCUGAAUGCCUACGCGCUGGCGCUGACCGCCGUCGGGGAGAUCAUCCAGCACUACGACAGCGACAAGAUGUUCCCCGCCCUCGGCUUCGGGGCCAAGCUGCCCCCCGACGGCAGGGUGUCCCACGAGUUCCCGCUGAACGGCAACCAGGACAACCCGUCGUGCUGCGGCAUCGACGGCAUCCUGGAGGCCUACCACCAGAGCCUGCGCACGGUGCAGCUCUACGGCCCCACCAACUUCGCCCCCGUCGUCACCCACGUGGCCAGGAAUGCGGCCGAGGUGCAGGACGGCUCCCAGUACUCCGUGCUGCUCAUCAUCACCGACGGGGUCAUCUCGGACAUGGCGCAGACCAAGGAGGCGAUCGUCAACGCUGCCAAACUGCCCAUGUCCAUCAUCAUCAUCGGCGUGGGCCAGGCGGAGUUCGAUGCCAUGGUGGAGCUGGACGGCGACGAGGUGCGGAUCUCCUCCCGGGGGAAGCUGGCUGAGCGGGACAUUGUCCAGUUCGUGCCCUUCAGGGACUACGUGGACCGCACGGGCAACCACGUGCUGAGCAUGGCGCGCCUGGCCCGGGACGUGCUGGCCGAGAUCCCCGACCAGCUGGUGUCCUACAUGAAGGCCAAGGGCAUCCGCCCGCGCCCCGCACCUGAGGCCCCCGCCAGCUCACCCUCCCAGUCCCCAGCCCGCACGCCCCCCGCCUCCCCCUCCCCCUCCCCCGUGCACACGCACAUCUGAGCCUGGCCCGUGGCAGGUGGCUGGGGCCUGGGGAGGCGGGGGAAGGGUGCCCCGGGUCCCUGGAGCCCCCCCAGUCCGCCCGGCCCGUGUGGAACCCGUGUGGCGGAGGGAGGGCCUCUGGCGACGCCCUCCCAGUUUCCUGGCCUCGCUUAUGGCCCAAACCCAGGGAGGUGGGGUACAGGUGGGAGAGGCGGGCUCCGGGCCCUGCUCUUCUCCUCCUCCCCUGACACUCGGCUCUAGUCCAGCCAGGAAGGUGUUAGCAGUCAGGCUGAUGGGGCCCCUCAGCACCCUGGACCGUCCCGUCUGCUCCUCUCGCCGCUGAAGCCGGGGCUGGGCCUCCCUCCUCCAGGCCCCCUCGCCCUCCCCUCCUCCUGCGCUGUCCACUCCGCUACCUGGCCCUGACCCCCACCCCAGCACCUACCCUGUCCCUGUUCCCAGUGAGCCCCCGGAGGCUGACGGGUUGGCAGGAGGCCUGGACAUGGGGCCCUCCCAGGGACACUGGCUUGCAGUGGGGACCCCGCAGCUCCACGAAGGGGCAGCUGUGAUGUGGACCGUAGGCCGCCCUAUGGGCCAGCCACGGAGGCUUUUCAGGUGCAAGGUCUUUUCCAUGCCCCCCAGCCCAGCGUGACACUGGUUCUAGACACAGAGCCACAGGCCUCUCUCUGGCCUGUGACCUGUGGGCACCGCAGUUGACUCUGAACUCCAGGCACCCCUACCUCCCCCCAGAGGCCGCCCAGGGUCCUUGGUGCCCACUCCUCUGCUGCCCACCUAGAGGCCUGGGCCAGGAGCAGCCCAGCCCCGCACUCCCACACGGCCCCUUCCCCCCCCAGACAGGAGCCAGGGUCCUGGGCUCAGGCCCUGCUGCAGCCCCUGCCUGCUGUGGGAGCCUCGGUAUCCACAUCUGUAAAGCAAGGGGGUUGACCAGAUGGUCUCAGGGUGGCCUUCCGCUCUGAGGCUCCCAUGGCCGGCCUCCCCAUCCCGCCCCCACCAGUGCACCCUCCUACCCCAGGCCGCCUUGGCUUAGGGUCGCCCUGUUCCAUCCUUGGGCUCUGCCACCUGGGCCGGAGCCCCUGCCUCGGCCAUGGGAAAGGCGAGGAAGGUGAUCUCACCCCUGGGCGCACCCACUGCCCAGCCUCUCCCCACCUGGGAGCAGGUCAUGCAUGCCGGUCCCUCCUGCCGCAUGGGGCUCCGCAGCCCGCUGAACGUCCUGUGCCUGGGCGCGACCGGGCCCCACCCUGUCUGUGCCCGGCACCGCUCCCUUCCUGUCAUGCAUGAUGGUGGAGUUUCUACACUGUCUGGUCCUGUGCCUGUGUCUGAGAGUCUGUGUGGAAUUUGCCUUAAACUGAAGUAAAUUUGGUUCUUUU